AGGAGCGCGGCCACAGCUUUCACGAAGUUGAGAGUAGCAGGAGCUCCUUCUCCAGCCAUGACUGAGAGACGCAUUCCCUUCACCUUUCUGCGCACCCCGAGCUGGGACCCCUUCCGGGACUGGUACCACGGCAGCCGGCUCUUUGACCAGUCUUUUGGCAUGCCCGCUUUGCCAGAGGAGUUCUACCACUGGCCCAGCACCCACUGGCCCGGCUACAUGCGGCCCGCGGCCCCCGCACCCCCCCCACCCGAGGCCGCAGCCUCCGUCGGGCCCAUGUUGGCGCCGUCCCCCUACGCCCGCGCCCUGUCCCGCCAGCUCAGCAGCGGCAUGUCCGAAAUCAAGCAGACCCAGGACCUGUGGAAGGUCAGCCUGGACGUCAACCACUUUUCCCCUGAGGAGCUGGUGGUGAAGACCAAGGAUGGUGUGGUAGAGAUCACUGGAAAACAUGAGGAGAGAAGGGACGAGCAUGGCUACGUGUCCAGAUGUUUCACCAGAAAGUACACACUCCCCCCUGGUGCGGACGCUGAGAAGGUGAUGUCCUCCCUCUCCCCGGAGGGCGUGCUGACCGUGGAGGCUCCCCUGCCCAAACCCGCCAUCCAGUCGGCCGAGAUCAACAUCCCUGUCACCCUAGACAGCAAGGCCAAGCCAGCGGUGGAAGCCAAGAAAUAAGCUCUGUCUUGAGGGCCCUGUGCAGUGCUGCAAUCAGAGAGAGAGAGAGAGAGAA